CCUACAUGCACGUCGAACGCAGCCCAUCCCUACGGUUCUAUCUUCCUCUUUCCCAAUACACUCUGUAGGGAAAUGGCUGCCACCGCGGCCGCCACAAUCACCACCACCAUCUCCUCCUCCUCCUCCUUAACAACCAUAACUGCACUUCUUCUCAUGGCACUGCUCUUUGCUCUCAACAUGUUUAAAAUUCGACUUAAAACUCGUAACAAAGCCAAACAACUCCAACUCCCUCCCGGACCAGUCCCAUGGCCUCUUGUGGGCAAUGUCCCCGAAAUGCUAAGGAGCAAACCCGCAUUCCGCUGGCUGCACCACCUCAUGGACAGGCUGAACACCGACAUCGUCUGCAUUCGCCUUGGCAAUGUCCACGUGAUCUCGGUCUCUUGCCCGAAGAUCAGCCUCGAAAUAUUGAAGAAACAAGAUGCAGUUUUCGCAUCUCGGCCGCUUUCGAUGGCGUCCCACAGCUUCAGCGGAGGGUACUUGACCACGGUCCUCGUACCCUUCGGCGAGCAGUGGAAGAAAAUGAGAAGAGUACUGACCUCGGAGAUUAUUUGUCCCGCAAGACAUCGGUUGCUCCACGACAAGAGAGCCGAGGAGGCCGACCACCUCCUUAAGUACGUUUUGAACCAGUGCAAAACCCCUGGAAACCUGGUAAACGUGAGAACUGCAGCCCGGCAUUACUGCGGGAAUGUCAUAAGGAAGCUGAUGUUCAGCAAGAGAUGCUUCGGGGCCGGGAUGGAAGACGGAGGACCCGGUGUCGAAGAGGAAGAGCACGUCGAGGCGCUCUUCGCCGCGCUCGGUUACCUCUUCUGCUUUUCCUUGUCUGACUAUUUUCCUUUCUUAAUAGGGUUUGAUUUGGAGGGGCAUGAAAAGAUUGUGAAGGAGGCAGCCAGGAUCAUGAAGAAGCAUCAUGAUCCAAUAAUUAAUGAAAGGAUUAAGCAAUGGAGGCUGCCAAACCCUAACGAUGGCAAUGCAGAGAAGGAGCCGCAAGACUUGCUUGAUGUUCUCAUUACCCUCAAGGAUACUGAUGGGAAGCCGCUGUUGAAGACAGAUGAGAUCAAGGCACAAAGCGCUGAGAUAAUGAUGGCUGCGGUAGAUAAUCCAUCAAACGCCCUGGAAUGGGCACUGGCAGAAAUGAUGAACGACCCCAAGCUGAUGGAAAAGGCCACAGAAGAAAUCGACAGGGUGGUAGGGAAAGAGAGACUCGUCCAAGAAUCUGACAUCCCGCAUCUCAAUUAUGUGAAGGCCUGCGCCAGAGAAGCCUUCCGCCUCCACCCCAUCGCCCCCUUCAACGUCCCCCACGUGGCACUCUCCGACACCACCGUCGCCGGCUACUUCAUCCCCAAGGGCUCCCACGUCCUCCUCAGCCGCAUCGGCCUCGGCCGAAACCCUAAGGUCUGGGUCGACCCGCUCCGGUUCAACCCCGACCGCCACCUCUCCCCUGACUCCACCGAGGUGGUCCUCACCGAGCCCGACCUGCGGUUCAUCUCCUUCAGCACCGGCAGGCGUGGCUGCAUCGCCGCCACGCUCGGCACCGCCAUGACCGUGAUGCUCUUCGCCAGGCUCAUUCAGGGGUUCACCUGGACUGCUCCGCCCAACGUCACCACCGUCGACCUCGCCGAGGCAGAGAACGACCUUUUCAUGGCAAAAGCACUGAUUGCGCGGGCGACUCCUCGGCUGCCUCUUCAUCUGUACCCUACCAACUGAUUCAUGCGAACCAUUGAAUCUAUUUUAAGCUUUUAAUGUCGUUUGAGCUUCAAGAACCCAAUAAUCAGUUACUUUGUUAUGAGUGAGAGUAUGGCAGUAGCAAUGAUAUUGGAGUUACUAAAAUAAUAAAGCUACCUAGCUAUAUACUAGGGAGACAUUUACAUGCAGAUUAUGGCGUCAGGCGUGCUUUAGAUGUUGGCAGUUCUUCUGUAGGAGUUGUCUCGUCAAGUCGCCGGCGUAAUAAUUUGUCCAGUGGUGUGGUCGGCAGUGAGGCCACGUGUCCAUUAUCUUUUAGCCUUCAUUGGUACUUAGGGUCUUUUGGCAGCUUUCUUACUGCCAUCGUUGGCUGUAAUAUAUAAUGUACUAUAUUUUUUUGCUGAAGGAUCAAUUAAAACAGGAAAGAGAAAA